AUGAGCGAAUCCAACUCCAACUUCCAAGACUCGCGUCUUAAUAUAGAUGAACUACACCGAUUUACCUCUGCGCGAUGGCUCUGGGGUGAGCUCCAGCAGCUUGAAGCUCGGUAUGUCAAAUUCGACAUGCGUGAGCUUCUAAAUGUUGUUACUGCUGCACUGGGAUCGGAUUCAUGCACUAAAAUUCUCAAAAUUUCCGAGGGACAGCACAAUAAAGUGUUUCAAUUGACAAUGGAUGAUGGCCGUGAGGUUAUUGCGAAGCUACCAAAUCCCAACGCAGGGCGACAGCAUUUUACCACUGCUAGCGAGGUUGCAACAAUGGAUUUUCUGAGAAAAGUCCUCCAUUUUCCAAUUCCGAAAGUUUAUGCCUGGAGCUCUAGCUCUGAUAACUCCGUUGGAGCUGAAUAUAUGAUCAUGGAGAAACAACCUGGUGUGAUGCUUCGUGAUGUAUGGAUCACCAUGAAAGGAAAGCAGAAAGCUAGCAUUUUGCAACAGGUGGUUGAAUUUGAAAGGAUCCUCGCGUCGACAAAGUUCACGAAAAUAGGAGCCUUGUAUUACAAGGAGGAUCUUCCUACGCCAGAAAGAAACUCACCGCUCUAUGUUGAUGGGAGUGGCAAUGAUGUGUAUAGCCCAGAAUUUGAGAUUGGACCUACCAAUCACCGUUCUUUCUUUGAUUUCGGCAAAGGAGGACUUGACAUCGAUCGUGGGCCAUGGUCUGAUAUUACCGCGUACUUGGAAGCCAUUGCCAACAGAGAAAUUGCAUGUGUAAAUGCCGGCUUAAAAUACCCCCUCUUCCCAGAAGGCCUCUUCUACGGGCCUAGGCAGUAUCAUCCCACUGCAGCCAAAAAGUUAUCAGCACUGAACAACUACCUGAAGGUCUUAAAAUACGUUCUACCAGAAAAUAAAGCCGUGCAUGAAUCGGUCUUGUGGCAUGGGGACUUACACUCCCAAAAUAUCUUCGUUGAUCCGGAAGAUCCUAGUCGAAUAAUUGGUAUAAUCGACUGGCAAUCAGUCAGUGCUUGUCCACUUUUCAUGCAAGUCACCCGCCCGGCUUUCUUGGACUAUAAUGGUCCGACCCCCAAGGAACUCGGGAGGGUUAGUUUGCCUCCAAAUUUUGACAGUAUGUCUGCUGAAGAACAGGUUGAAGCGAAGGCGCUCUAUCAUUCACAAACACUACACAACCUAUACCUAGCUUUAACACUGCGAUCAAAUCCAACGACUUUCCAGGCUCUUCAGGGACACAGUACGCCUCAUCAACAAGUCAGCGUCCUACCAGGGUUGACGUUGACGGAUUGCGAACCUUGCCUUAACAGUUUAUUGAGGGAAAUCAAGGACUCGUGGCCUACGAUAGUUGGCGUGGCCGCCGAUGGUAAACCUAGCAUUCCCUGUCCUUUGGAUUUCUCUGCUGCCGACGUGGAGCAGCAAGAGCGAGACGUGGAGCUCUGGGCCCAAGGUGUCGAGCUUAUGAAUGAGUUUAUCAAAGACACUGGCGCAUUUAAACAUUGGGAUGGUAGAGUUGAAAUAGCGGACUAUGACCUUUCAAAAAGGCAGCUGUUCGAAGGAAUCAACAAAUUUCUGGACCGUGAAGCCAAGAAUGCAGAAGAGAGGGCAGCAUGGCUGAGGGUGUUGCCAUUUAUCGAUUCAGAUUGA